GGAGGCAGAGGCCGAAAGACUGGGAGGAGCCAGAGCCGGGAGCUGCAGCUGCCGCUGCUGCUAUUACUGUUGCUGCUACUUUUCCCAAUCUCCCAGCCUCGGGCAGUCUCCACGGAUCUGCCCUCUCGCUGCUGCUCCCCGCUUCAGGAUCUCUAGCUGUCUCUCCCCUUUCCAACAUGCUUCUGAUCUUGGGGCUCUGCUUGGGCCUCCCGCUCUGUAUAGGGCAUCAGGACCCCCUGGUGUUGGCGGAAGAUCUGGAAGAGGCGCUAAGAUGGGACGCCCCGCAGAUUGGACACCGAGUCCCAAGACAGAUCAGGCUACAACAGAGGCUGAAAACCAAGCCCUUGAUGACGCACUUUUCGGUGAAAUCUACUAUUAUCUCUCGUUAUGCCUUCACCAUGGUUUCCUGUAGCCUGUUGAAUCGGGCAUCAGAGGACAAGGAAUUUGAAUUUCAGAUGCAGAUCCCAGCUGUAGCCUUCAUUACCAACUUCACUAUGGUUGUUGGAGACAGAGUUUAUCAGGGUGAAGUUAUAGAAAAAGAAAAGAAACAUGGUGAUAGGGCAAAAAAACAAGACAAUAAGACCUUGGAAGAUAAUGGUGAAAAGGGGACUGAGACUUUCAGUGCCUCUGUCAAUAUUCCUAGCAAGGAAAAAGCUGCCUUCUUCCUACAUUAUGAAGAGCUUUUGCAGAGAAGACUGGGAAAAUAUGAGCACGUGAUCAGUGUCCGGCCCCAGCAACUUACAGGGAGAUUGCAUAUAGAAGUGAAUAUCCUGGAAAAGUCAGGCAUCGUGUCCCUUGAAGUACCACCCCUGCAAAACAGCAGGCAGAAGGGCAAUGCAAAAGCGGAGGAUGAUGUUGGCCCACCUCCUUCCACAGUCAUCAACCAAAAUGAAACUUUUGCCAGGAUUAUUUUUAAUCCUAGUAUCAUACAGCAAGCCAAGAUUGCCCAGAAUGGGAUUUUGGGAGAUUUCAUCAUUAGAUAUGAUGUGAACAGGGAGCAAAGAGUUGGGGAAAUUCAGGUUCUGAAUGACUACUUUGUGCAUUACUUUGCUCCCAAAGACCUCCCUCCUCUACCCAAGAAUGUGGUAUUUGUCCUUGAUAGCAGUGCAUCCAUGGUGGGAACCAAACUUAGACAGACCAAAGAUGCCCUCUUCACUAUCCUGCAUGAUCUAAGACCACAGGAUCAUUUUAAUAUUGUUGGAUUUUCCAAUCGGAUCAAAGUAUGGCAGAAUCACCUGGUUCCAGUGACUCCUAACAACAUCAGGGAUAGCAAGGUCUACAUUCACCACAUGACACCUACUGGAGGUACAGACAUCAACGGGGCUCUGCAGAAAGGCAUCGAACUGCUUAAUGACCACAUAGCUGACAAUGACAUUGACUCCAGAAGCGUGUCUCUAAUUGUCUUCCUGACGGAUGGGAAAGCCACGGUGGGAGAGACCCAGUCAAGUAAGAUCCUCAUCAACACGAAAGAAGCCGCCAGAGGUCGAGUCUGCAUCUUCACCAUAGGCAUUGGGAAUGAUGUCGACUUCAAAUUGCUAGAGAAGCUGUCGCUGGAGAACUGUGGUAUGACGCGUCGGGUGCAGGAGGAGGAUAAUGCAAAGGAGCAGCUGAUCGGGUUCUACGAUGAGAUCAGAACACCUCUACUCUCUGAUAUCCGAAUUGAUUAUCCACCUGGCUCUGUUGAGCGUGUUACCCAAACUCUUUUUCCUAAUUACUUCAAUGGGUCUGAAAUCAUCAUUGCUGGGAAGCUGGCUGACAGUCAGUUGGACAAUCUACAUGUGGAAGUCACGGCCAGCAAUAGUAAGAAAUUUGUGGUCUUGAAGACGGAUGUUCCUGUUGCCUCCCACAGCACAGAGAAUGAUGUCACAGGGGUUUCCAUUCCGAAGGACCAACAUACUGACCAAAACUACAUUGAGCGGCUCUGGAGUUACCUUACUAUUAAGGAGCUGCUGACUUCUUGGCUGAAGAGUGAUGAUAAACAGGAGAAAGAACUUUUGAUGGAAAGGGCUCGGGCUCUUGCAGUGAAUUACCAUUUCCUCACCCCUUUCACUUCCUUGAAGAUGAAGGAGUUGACACCUGAGGCAACUCAAAUGGCAGCAAAAGAAGUCUAUGGCAGUUCUGCUGCAAUGGGCCCAGAGACAGUUGUACAAAGCUUACAUGGAAAGAAUAUCUCACCAGAGCCUGAUUUCAAGAAACAGUACAACCCAAGAAUUAAAAUCUCCAAAACAUCAGCGGACGGAGACCCUCAUUUUGUGGUGGACUUCCCCUUGAGCAAGCUCACUGUUUGUUUUAACAUCGAUGGGAAUCCUGGAGACAUUCUCAGACUUGUAUCUGAUCACAUGGACUCUGGUGUCACAGUGAAUGGAGAAUUAAUCGGGGCCCCGGCUCCUCCAAAUGGUCACAAGAAGUAUCGGACGUACUUCCGAACCAUCACCAUCCUCAUCAAUAAGCCGGAGAGAUCUUACUUGGAAAUCACACCAAACAGGAUCGUUUUGGAUGGUGGGGACAGAUUAGUUCUCCCUUGCAACCAGAGUGUAGUAGUGGGAAGCCGGGGGCUGGAGGUGUCCGUCUCUGCCAACGCGAACAUUACGGUGACCAUCCAGGGCACGAUUACUUUUGUUAUUCUCAUUCAUCUCUACAAAAAUCCGGCUCCUUACCAGCGAAACCAUCUUGGCUUCUACAUCUCCAAUAGCAAAGGACUGUCAGCCAACUGUCAUGGACUUUUAGGUCAAUUCCUGAACCAGGAGCCUAAACUAACAAAAGAGCCAGCUGACUCAAACUCCAACCGGAAUCACGCUGAACCUGCAGUCUCCCAGGCAGACCCAAGCUCUGAGACCAUUCUGAAGGUGAAAGGACACCGGGUUCCAGUGGUCUGGAAACAGAGGAAGAUCUACAAUGGACAAGAGCAGAUAGACUGCUGGUUCACCAGAAAUUCAGCCAAGCUCAUUGAUGGAGAGUACAAGGAUUAUGUAGCCUCCCAUCCUUUUGACACAGAGACCACUUUUGGAAUAGGAGCAUCCCAAUGAUUUUAGGACAUGCCAGUUCUGGAUAUAAGAACUUAUGGUAGGGAAAUAAAUGACCUUCGAAGCUAUUCUGAUGUAUGCAACUCUUCAUACCACGUCCUGAGCAACUCGGCUACUCUCUGCAAUGUCGAGUUGACCAAAGGAUAGGGAGGGGAGACGUGGGUGAAGAAAUGAUUUCCUUCCUCCUUUCUCCUCUUUUCUUUCCCCUUUCUUACUCACAGGGGAGAAAGAGAUGAUACAAUUAAGUGGGAGAAGCAAGUGAAACCUUGACAUUCUCUAUCACGGCUCCACCAUUCUUCCAUGAAUCUCAACACCUGUCACAAAUUAACCAACUCUUUUGUGAUACAGCUUGGUUGCCUUUGAUGUGGCUUGUCUGGGUCAGCAACUUUACCUUUUGCCUCACUCCAAUGCUUGGCGAGCUCUCCUGUAAAACUAAGUUCUCCUGGAUGUGCGGCUAGAUCCUUGUAUGGGAGCACACUCUAAGCUGUCUGGGGUUAUGGGUCCUAAAAAUAACACAUGGGUUUAAUGAUGGCCAACAACUAUUAUACUUCAGGAAAAUCUCCUCUAUGGUGUUAGCUCACCUUUUUAAAAAUUAGCUUAAUGUUUUAUCUUUUUUUUUUUUGACUUGAGUAGGAAUUGAUAUGAGAUCAAUCCUUCUGCACCUAAAAUCUUUUUAGCUGGAUUUGUAAAUAACUGGCCUUGGCUUGUUUGAUAUUUUCCUAUUUGUUUAGUUAUGCUAAGUCCGUAAAGGAGGGAAAAAUAACAAACAUCAUGUGUAUUUGAAGUAGUCUGCUUGGAAUGCUGAGAAUCUUGCCAGCUGUGUGUUAAGUCACUUACAAAACUGGAGGAAAUCUCUGGUUUGCUCUCAUAGAUUUUGAAUGAUUUUUUUUUUUUUGGCAAUAAAAGGUUCUUCAGGAGAUGAUGAACUGGAUUGUCCCAAAUGGAACUGGGGUGUGUUUUGGAUUCAGAGCAGGACAACUAGUUGAGCAGACUGGCUAGCUUUAGGGGAUUAACUUGCAUGUUCUGGGGAAUAGGAGGGCACACACUUACCUAACCUGAAAAGAAUGCCAGCAUCUCAGACUUACACAGGCCAUCGAGCCAGAAAUCAUGGCGUGAGUGAAGGAGUUUGAUUUUUCUCAGACCUUGGCCAAAUUGGUAUCACAAAAGGAAGAGGAGGAUAGGAGUGGAAAUUAAACCCACAAAUGUUGUCCAUUUAAUUUUUAAACAUCCCAUUUAAAGCCAAAUUGCAUCACUAAAGAGGAAUGAGUGUAAUAGUAGAAAGGAAGCUUUAUCAUUACUCUUUUCCAAUAUCUCUCUACCUUUGGUCUCCUGUUCAAUUAUAUUGUCUUUUAAAUGAAACAAGCCCACAUCAGAGCAAGUGAGGAAGUUUGUCAGGGAAGUAGACAGAUGCAAAGUGUAUGGAGCCAAGUAGAAGAGAGGUGCCAGAAGUUUUCAGCCAAAGAAAUAUUUUAUUUUGAAGAUGGCUGUAUUAGAAGGUCCAAUGUUAACCUCAGGAGAAGUUCCUUAUGUUAGGAAAACUGCCAAACUAACCCUCUCAUGAAAUGUGAAAACAACUCCAGGAUUUGGGGAGAAAUCAGAAUUAAGAAAAUUGUUUGUCGUGUUUGUCUUCCCUUGGAAAACAUCAGAAAUAGCCAAAUGUCAUCCACGUGUUACAGUUAGAUCCAGACAGCUUCAGGGGAAGUAGGUUAGGUCACAAUACUGUCUAAUUUCUCUAACUUUUCUUAAAUCAUCAACUUCUGUCUUUAACAACACAUGGCCAGGAAUUGAUCUCCUGUGCUGUCAGUUAUAUUCCUUAUUCUGCUAUCCUGUUCUUUCCUCCUCUCUCCCCCUUCCCCCUUCUCUUCCUUCUCUCUCCCCCUCCUCCUCCAUUUCACAUUUCCUCUCUCCAUCUUCCUCUCUCUUUCCCACUUUCCCCCAUCCUCUUUGUAUUCUCUCACUCAGUACUGUCUCAAAAUAGCUUCUUGCUCUGAGACAAUAGGUGCAGAGACAUCUAGUCUAGACUACAAGGCGAUUGUUAUACAAUUAGUGAUGCUCAGAGAGAAGGGAGCAGCAGGAGCCAAAACCCAAAAGGAAUUGGACAGGCUGUUGAUGGUCCUUUAUCUCUUUACAUGUUAGUGCCUCAAAUGGGCAGAUAUAGCCCAAAUGAACCUAGUCCAUUUUAAGCAUUCAACAAAAUUCAGAAUGAGGACUUUAGAUUAAAAGGAUUUCUUGACUGUGAGGUUCUUUAAAGGUGGAACCAGGCAAUCAUUUUACGGCCAUUUUUCCUUGUCAUCUUUAAGUUUGUCUGUUCCCUUUCUAGGUCUCCCCGAGGCAGCAGGAGUGGGAGAGAGAACUUACUUUUAAGCCAGGAAAGGCCCUGCUCUGGCCCAUAAUGAUCACAUGACAUUUGGCAACUCAUUUCAGGUCACAGACUAUCAAUUGCAUAAAAGGUGCUGACUUGUCAUGGUAGAGGGAAUUGCUCAUCCUGGAGUUCCUCUACAACUCCAGAUCCAGGCUUUAUCUUUUAGACUCUUUAAGUAUAAUAAGUACUUAACUGAAGACAUUAGCAGGAGUGUAGGGAUCAAUUAUCAAAGGAAGAGGAAGAGGAGCAGCCAAAGCCUUAAGAUUUUAGUAGGAACAGAAAUAAAAUUAGAAUUCAUCCCUUCUUACUCCUCCUUCCUGGUCCUUUGAGGAGCUUAGAACAACACUCCCCUUACAACCAUUCUGCUUCCUAACAGCCUUCUUCUAACUUGGUCCAAAAAGACCCAUGUGCUGGGGUUUGGCCAUGUCUCCUUAAGAUUUGUUUUAAAUGACCGUUCCCAAAGGUCCUUAAUUUGCCUUCCUUUUGGUACCUUUGGCAUUCUUGGACUUUGUCAGACCUAGACAAUAGCAGGAUCUAUUGGUGGAUCUUUCUUCUGGAGCUUUGGGGAUGAGUGGGAUAUCCAACUGAUUUUGAUCAGAAACACAUUCUGAUUUUCUAAUCUUACUACCUCCUUUCAAGUAUCUAGAAAGGGAUAUGUACAAAGAUGAUUUUCCUGGGAUAUCCUACCACGAUGUGACCUUGUGCCUCAGUUUGACCAUCUGUAAAAUGAGGAGGUGGACCAGCUGAUUUCUAAGUUCCCUUUGCAGCUCUAAAGGGCUAUUGUUGUAAUAGGGGUUAAAGAAUUGCAAUAAUUUCUUUGCCUUUUCGAUUUCUCUAGUGCACAAUGACAUACUUAUGGGAAACUGGCUAGAAGUCUGGAUGCACUCUGUGACUGGAAACCUAAAUUAGCUAAUAGAUUUUAUCAGUUUGUGACUUUGCCUUUCUGUCUCACACUUUAAGCAAUUAUAAGCAUUUAUUAGGCACCUACUUACCAUAGAAUACUGUGCUAGGCAACUGGGCAUACAAAAGCCCUAAUGAAAUCAUCCCUGCUUUCAAGGAGGAGUGACAUUCCUUUUGAGGAAGAUAUGAGCCCAAACCAAAUGAAUUAACUAGACCACACAUCUAUUACCAGAAGUGAAACUGUAAGAGUUCUCUGCCAGUGGGAAUAUUUUGCAAUCACUAAUAGUUCAUUCUCAGUUCUUGGUGCUUAUGGUUAAUUAGGAAGGAGGAGUUAGGAGGAUGCUGUGAAUUCAGUCAACUUGACAACACUCUUUUGGGUCUCCCUGAGGCACACUGGUAUUCUACAAAGGUCUUUCGAUCUGUACUUUUCUUAUUGGGUAGUUCUAGAGAAGGGAUUUGUGUGUUCACUCAGUACAUGAAGAUAUUAAUGAAUAGGAACUUCAGAAUCCUAAAGGUUUUUUUUUAUUGCUAUUAUUGUGAUACCUAAAAAUAUCUUCCUCCCCUUUCUAGUAAGACGUUCCUCACAACAAGCCAGCAAACAAAUAAAGAAGGAAAAAAAUCAGUAAAACUAAUCAAUAUAGCAAUUUAGUCUGGCUGUAUAAUAUAGUGUUCUGUUUCGACAGUUCCCCACCUUGAUAAAGAGGGAGCCACAUUACUUCAUUUUUUUUGUGUGGAAUAAUUACGUUACAGUUGCAUAGAAUUCAACUUCUUUGUGUGUGUAUUUGGCGUUGGGGUGGAUUUUGGAAUCUUAAAAUAAUGGACAAAGAAAAGUGGUUUAUGUAAAAGUUCGAAACAUCUUGUCCCCUUCUCCUUUAUGGGAUGAAUGUUCCAAAGAUAAGAAUAUGGAUAGUUCAGUGAGGGUGCUGGAAAAGUCAGAAAAAAAAGGCAAUUCCAUUACAAUUGUGUGCUUAUCUUUUUAAUCUAUAAAAUAAAUAUAUACUAAAUGACUUUGAGAAUGCCAUUUUUUUCCCUUCACUUAAGGCAACUUCUUCAGUCAACAGCUUAGCAUCAACUCAGCAAUUGGCAAAUAUUGACAGUGAUGCUGGUAAGGGUACUAAGUUUGGUUCAAGGAAAAGUUGGGUGUGGAUAAAAGGCUUAGGUUUGAAGGGAGAGGCAAAAAGUAUUUGAGUACCCAGAAAGAUCAAGCACCUUGUGUUUGUUUGAGAUGAAACUAAUUUAAAACAUUUCCAGCUGUGUGACCUUUCAGAGAUCCAGCACCUGAAUCUCAGAGAGAAAUUUAGUUCAGGACAUUAGCUUUCCAAACCUGAAUGUGAUCUUUACUUUAGUCUUAUAAUCACUAGGGAGACAAUGGGAAGAACAAGGGCCUUCGACCAGAGUUUAAAUCCUACUUCUGAUGCUCACUACGUGGGGCAAGUCAUUUAAUGUCCUUGGCCCUCAGUUUCCUCAUCUGAAAGAAGGAUGGAUUUAAAUGACUUCUGAUGCUCCUGGGUCUAGCUCUGGAGAACUCAGUAAUAUGUUGAUUAAUAUGGAGUUGGAAUUGACUUUUUUUAGGUGCUUCCAGGAAUACUUGUUAGUCUGAAUUGAAAACUGUAUCCUGAUGGAUAAAUUAGGUGACUGCUAGCCCAAUUUCCUUCACAUUUUUCAAAUAAAAUGUGCCUUCUGGCUAAGCUGAGUCAUGAAUAAUGUAAGCCUCUUCUUUCUCAAAGGCUUCCUAAGAGGAAUUUUAAGUCACUCAGGGUGGGUAUGCUCAAUUCCACAGUUCUGUGAUUAAAAGAAGAUGGAACCCCUACAGCAAGCAAAUGACACAGCUGAACAGAUGUGACAGUUUUACUUCAAAUGUUUAUUACAAUCCAUAAAAAGCAAAUAAAAAAUAAUAAAAGGACAUUUUUAGAAAGUCAAUUACAGUAUAAUAGUUGAUUUCAAUUUAAAAGGAAAGGACUUUUUGCAAGAGGGAUAUUUUAUUUUUUAAAAAGUGGUUGAUUUUUUAGUAUAGCUUGGUAUUUUUUUAGGGGGGAUACUUUUUAGGGGACUAAAAGGGAAGCAAGAAUGUAGAACUCCUCCACCAUUACAGCAAAAAAAAAAAAAGCAGCCUUGUGGUCCAUAUUCUAUCCAUUAAUGGAUGGGUUUGAAAUAUACAAAAGUCAAUAGACAAACUAAACUGGUAUCAUCAACAAAGUCCAAUUGUAAUAUGAAAAUGACCAUUCAAAGCAACAUGAUUGCAGUUUCUCCUUGUUGGUCUUUCAAAAAGGCAUCAAGUACAAAUGAAUAGCACUUAGUUCUGCUGUCCUGAGAACAAUAUAUUACCUUCCUUCCCAUAGUUUCUCUCAUAUUCUUAUUCCACUUACAACCAUUGAUCAUCCAAAUUCCUCAGAUAAAUUUUCCAGUUACUUUCUUGCAUCUCAAGGGUGUUUUAGGAUCACAGAUUUGGACCUGGAAGGGACUUUAGAGGCUGUGGAAUCCACCAUUUUGCAGAUAGGGAAAUUGAGAGCAUUUAUGUGACUUGCCCACAUCACAUAGCUGGUAAAUAUCCAGAGCAAAAUUUGAACCCAACUCUUAUUGACUUGAGUCCAUUGUCUUAUUCUCUAAACCAAGCUGCCUGGUUUCAGGUGACAUUUUCCUUGAUUGUUUCAAAGAGAGUUUUGCCAAUUUUUUUUGACACUUCUCUGAUCCUGCAGAACUGCCUGUCUCAUCACUCAUAGUGAGUGGUCCUUCUGGGUCUCAUUUUAAAAUCGUUUUGAUAAAUAUUAAGAACCUGCUGUACUCAAGAGACUGGACCAGACAUUGGGAACACAAAAAUGAAAAAUAUAGUCCUUGCCUUCAAGGAACUAAUGGGGAGCACAACAUAAAAACAAUCACAGCAGGAAAAAAAGAAUAGGAGAGGAGAGAGAAGGAGAGAGGAAAGUACAGGAAAAUUAAGGAGAUCAAGAGAAAUUUCCUGUAAGAGGGGGAUUUAAGGAGCCAGGAAGGAGACUGACCCACAUAAAACUGAGAUCUAAGCAACAUCUAAAAAGACUGAAUAAUUCAAAAGAUUUGAAUAAGCUGGUGAUGGGGAAGGGUUGGUAUUAAAAAGGGGACAAAUAUAGGACUCCUAUUAAGAACUAAAACAAAGCCAGCUAGUUUGGCCUGUGUACAGUAUAGCAUCUGAACUCUAAAAUCUGAACGGCCAGAUAAUGGACACAGAUUCCUUCUUGCUUAUUUAUAGGGGCAUUAAUCCCCAAGGCAGAUGUUUUCUUAAGGGGGAUGGAAAUAAAUGAAAAAAGUAUAAAUGGGAAAUAGGCAGGCAAAUUAAAGUUUCUGAAAUUGGCAAUCAACAUAUACCACCUAGAUUAAAAUUAUCCUCCAUAGUACUGUUUUAUACACAGUGCUAUAGGAAUCAAUAGUUAUUUUGUGUACUCACAAGGAACAUUCAAAUGGGAGACAUUGUCUUCAAAGGUGCAUGUGUUCUCAAUCCUGGCAGAAUUUUUCACAUAAUCAUGCUGCUCCUGAAGAUGCAUGUCCUAUUUCUCUUCUUGCUUUUACUGUUAUAUUUAUUUUAAAAAUGGAUAUGUUUUGUUUUUCCAUGACAAAUAUGUACAGAUUGUCCCUACUCUGUAAAAGCUUUCUUAUAAUCAAGUUGAAGAAUUAAAUAAAUUUGGUAAUACAAUGA